GAGUGGGGUGCUGCGCCUUCAUACAGCCCGCGACAGAACUCAAAAACCUCCGACGUCCGAUUAUGCGGCUUCACAAUCUUGCAUGCAUUCCAUGAUUUUAGCUGUUCUGGUUCAUCGCUGUGGUGGUAAUCAUGGCAGAUGUAGACAUUGCUCCAAAUUUUGGCCUCGAACUGAAGGAUGCCUUCAAGCCGGUCAAUUCUUGGGUGGCAGGCGGAAUCACCUGGCUUGACGAUAUCCAGCAGUUUUACCGGGAGCGAAGUGUCAUCGAGAAGGAAUAUAGCGCAAAGCUUGCUGCGCUGGCAAAGAAAUACUAUGAGAAAAAGGCGAAGAAGUCGAGCAGCCUGAGUGUUGGAGAUACGCCAGCUAUGACCCCAGGAUCAUUGGAGAGCGCAUCCCUCACCACAUGGACCACACAACUCACAACGGUCGAGUCUCGAGCGGCGGAACACGACCGAUACGGAACAGAGCUGAUCACACAUAUCGCAGAGCCUUUGAAAGUACUUGCGACUCGCUAUGAGGAUCUCCGCAAACGUCAUGUCGAGUAUGCGGAUAAAUUGGAGAAGGAAAGGGAUUCAACAUACAGCGAUUUACGCAAGAUGAAGGGCAAAUACGAUGCUGCAUGUCAAGAAGUCGAAAGCAAGCGGAAGAAGGCAGAAUCCUCAUUCGACUACUCGAAAACAAAAGCCCAGAAUGCCUACCAACAGCAGAUACUUGAGAUGCACAAUGUCAAGAACAGCUACCUGAUUGCAAUCAAUGUCACAAAUAAGCAGAAAGAAAAAUACUACCACGAAUAUGUUCCAGAACUCUUGGACAGUCUGCAGGACUUGUCAGAAUCACGGACGACCAAGUUGAACGGGAUAUGGUCACUUGCGGUGCAGCUCGAGGCUGGUGCGUUGAAACGAAGCACCGAUUUCGUCAAUCAUCUGUCCCAGGAAAUACCUAGAAACCAACCUUCCCUGGAUUCAAUGAUGUUUGUGAGGCACAAUGCAGGACCGUGGCAAGAACCGGGAAACAAAGUAUUCGAGCCCAGCCCUAUAUGGCACGACGACGAUGCUAUGGUAGUGGACGAUACCGCAAAGGUCUUCUUGCGUAAUGUACUUGGGAAAUCCAAAGCGCAACUCGGGGACUUAAGGAGAGAAGUUGACAAAAAGCGAAGGGAAGUGGAAGGCACAAAACGAGUGAAGCAACAAAUUCGAGAAGGCAAGGACAAGAGGGAUGAGGUUGAGGUGGUGAGGGCUAUUUUUGCAAUGCAAGAAGAGUUACACCAAGUUGAUCACAAGCGAUUGACCGCAGAAGUUGAGACCUCAACGAUCACGGCGGCCGUGGGCGAUGUUACACUUGGGGCAAAGAGUCACAACUUCAAAUCUCAGACCUUCAAGAUACCCACAAAUUGUGAUUUGUGUGGUGAUCGAAUAUGGGGUCUUUCUGCCAAAGGGUUCGACUGCAGGGACUGCGGUUACACAUGUCACAGCAAAUGUGAGAUGAAGGUUCCUGCUGAAUGUCCUGGAGAGCAGAAUAAGGAGGAGAGGAAGAAGCUGAAAGCAGAGCGCCAGGAAACUGCAAACUCGCUCAAGAGCCCGACUUCGACUGGUCUUUCUGAUAGUAUCACUGAAUUGCCUACGAUGAGUCGGUCAAAUACCAUGAAUUCUUUGAGCUCUGGUUACGCGGCUAGUGCCCAUCGAUCGGUUUCUGGCAGUGGACUCAGGUCUCCAGCUGAAGAGACGCCUCCCGAGAGGCCGACGUCUCUCAAGCCAGACAUCAGUGGACCUAACACGCUGAGGAAGAACAGAGUUGUGGCACCACCGCCUGCUGCCUAUAUCAGCGAGUUACCUGGGAGCGCACCUGUCAAUGGGUCAGGAUCUACAUCGAACGACCAGAAGGGCAAGAUGCUCUAUUCUUAUGAUGCAAAUGGAGAUGGCGAGGUGACAGUGGCCGAGGGUAAAGAAGUCACAAUCCUCGAGCCAGAUGAUGGAGGAUGGAUCAAAGUCAGAACAGCUGGCUUCAAAGAAGGUCUCGUGCCAACGGCAUAUGUUGAAAUUCUCGCAUCAGCUCCCCGGCCCUCAUCCAUCUAUUCCAAUUCCGGAUCGUCAAUGGGCGGCAGCGUAACGACGAAGAAGCAAGGCCCAGCAGUAGCGCCCAGACGAGGAGCAAAGAAGCUCAAAUACGUAGAAGCACUCUACGAGUAUACUGCACAGAGCGAGGCAGAGCACAGCAUGUACGAAGGCGAGAGAUUCGUACUGAUUAAAGAAGACCCAGGUGAUGGAUGGGCAGAGGUUGAGAAAGGGGGAGUCACGAAAAGCGUGCCAGCGAAUUACGUUCACGCUGUAUAGCGAGCGACAUUGCGUACGAAGUUACGAGAGAUGGGCAAGCGAAAGGGUGCAUGGAGAAUGGGCAUUUUUGGAUUCGUGUGUACUCGCACGAUUUUGAUCACAGUCUUAGGCUGAGGCAUCGAGAGCGUUGAAGUGGAGUCUGUUCUGGGUCUUGUGUAGAUUGCCGGUGGGCCAUCGUGUUCCAACUUCCAAGAAGUAGUGGCAGGCACAGCCUGCACACGAGUCGAUACUUCCAACAAGAACAAGACUUUUGCAUGCGUGUCCUGCAUGCUUGGGAUUUCCACCUGGUCAAUCAACCUCACUGCUAAUCCCCAACCACAAUCGCCAAGUGUGUUCCAAGACCGGCCACCGAAGUGGCAAUUUCUGCCGUCUCGCACCGCCAUCGUAUUUAUUUUCGCUUGCUUGUUC